UUGUCAGAUUGCAAUUUUGUGAUGUGAGGUUUGUGUUGAACUCAUUCUAGAUAUAUUCAAUAUUUUCCUUGUUAACAUGUGAGAUGUCUAGCAAUAUAAACAGUACACUUUCAUAGAGAGCCUAUAAACAGCAAAAGUAAUGUAAAAUCAUGUUUGGGUACAGUAAAGAAGCAGUUAGAGUGAAAGUCAAGAAAUGUGAAGGUAAACUCCAACCGGAGUUGAGGAAGUUUUCAGUUGACCCUCAAAUAACUUCCUUGGAAGUGUUGCAAAGCAUUUUGAUAAAAGCAUUUGACAUCAAGUCAGAUUUUACACUAUCAUAUCGAAGUGUAGAUGACUAUGGACAAGAGAUAUAUCUGCCACUACUCUCUGAUUGGGAUUUGGAUGCUGCUUUUCUCAAGGCACAUAAUAUAGCUUUAACUCAAAGAUCAGAGCCAUGUUGUCAGUUAAAAGUGGAGAUGAAGCCAUUUGCAGAGGCCUCAGAAGACUGGGAGCCUCCAUCUGUGGCAUCUGUCAACCCCACAGCUCCAGUAGCAACCCAGAACCUCAGAGAACAGCCAACUGUAACCCCAGCACCACAACAAUCAGAGAAGCAAGAGAUUCAAACUGGAUUUCAAGGACUGAUUAUGAAUCAGAUGGAAAAGACGUUUAAUAUAGUGUCAAGAGCCCUGAACUUGUAUGAAGACCCCAACACACCUCCUAGGGCUCCACUCAGUGACAUUGAGUUCCGUACAUUCCUGGACACAGUCGGGCAAAUCACCAACACCACUAAACUGAGAGAAGUCAUCUAUUGUGGUGGGAUUGACCCAAGCUUAAGGAAAGUUGUGUGGAAACACAUACUCAAUGUUUACCCAGAAGGGAUGACGGGCAGAGAGAGAAUGGACUACAUCAAGAGGAAAGCUAAUGAAUAUUAUGCCCUUAGAGCAUGCUGGAAAGACUGUAUACAGAAGGGAAAGGUGAAUGCUGACUUAGCUUACGUUACGAGUAUGGUUCGCAAGGACGUCUUAAGAACUGACCGCCAUCACACUUUCUAUGCCGGAAGCGAUGACAACCAGAAUAUUGCUUCCUUAUUCAACAUACUUACGACGUACGCGCUGAACCACCCCACAGUAAGCUACUGUCAAGGCAUGUCGGACUUGGCGUCCCCGCUGCUCGUGACGAUGGGCGACGAGGCACACGCCUACAUCUGUCUGUGCGCCCUCAUGACGCGCCUCUACCCCAACUUCCUGCUCGACGGAGAAGCCAUGACGCUCAAAUUCUCACACCUCACCGAAUCACUGCAAGUAUACGACCCCGACUUUUACAAUUACCUAAAAUCACAACAAGCCGACGAUUUACUAUUCUGCUAUCGCUGGCUCCUUCUAGAAAUGAAACGUGAGUUCGCCUUCGACGACGCCCUCAGAAUGCUCGAAGUGUUGUGGGCGUCUCUACCGCAAAGAACUCCGACGACGGAGUUGUCCUUGAAAGAGAAAGAGUUCGAUCCCGAGGUUGAAGUGGACGACGACCCCCCUCCACUCAGCCCGUUAGUUAAAGCCCCGCGAGAAAACGCCUAUACUAAAGUAUGUGCAAUGAGACGACAGAGUUCCAGUUUUAGCUUGGCAAACGUCAAAGCGCCUAAACUUGCGACUUGUAAACAAAUGAAUCACAGUCUCGAUGAGAACGUCACGCGCCAGGACACCAGUGACGCGUCUCUGAAACAUUGUAAGGAAAAAUUUCAGAGCUUAGACGACGCAUCCUUACAGUCACAAAAUACGAAACCAGACAAAGUUACUGAAAAAAGUAAGGAAAACAAUAAAGUGAAGGAUAGAGAUGCUAAAGUUCAUACAAGGAGAAAUAUGAGAAGUGUUCCUGAACAUGGCAAAGCCGUGGAUCCCCGCGACGCGGCCACGCCGGCGUGGUCCAGCACCGGGAGCUUGAUGAACGGUAAUUCACAAGCUGAAAAAGAAACCCCUUUAGGCAAUCAAAUAAGAAUGUUGAGAGACAAAAUAUCUGUCCAUAAUAACAAAUUCUUCUCAUCAUUAGAUAAACUCGACGAUCCAUCUGGCGGAGAUCCCAAUAGACCGCAAGUUAAAAUGAUAAAAAAUUUGAAUGAAUUCCUCAAUUUCGCAACAGGAAGCAAAACUGCCCCGCAAAAUGAUAAACUACAGAGAACUCGUUCUGUUAUUGAAAAAUCCUCGAAAGAUUGUCCGCGAAUAAUGUUAACUAAAACCUCGUUCGAUGAAAGUGAUUUAGGCUCGCCAGGUGACACCAAAGACCACAAAUUAAAUAGGAUCAAUAAAAACGAUAAUUUAGAUGCCAAUGACAGCAGCAGCCCGGAUGACUCGCAAGAAUAUUACCCGAUGACUACGUCCAUGACAAGAGAGUUAAGACUUGAGUUAGAGCAUUUAGACCGCCAGGUGUUUGGACCCUCGUACGUGAAUCGAUGCAGUGUAAUCUGCGAUUCACCAUCCGAUUCUACUAGUACUGAAGAGAAACCCACAAACGAUAUUACAGAAGUAAAACAAGAAAUCACUGAGAAUUUAGAUACACAUGCAAUCGCUCCAGAAAUAGGAGAAGCAAUUAAAAAAUCACCAUUACUAGAAACUGUGAAGUCGAACGCGAGGAGUGCCGAAGAUAUUUACUUAUGGGAAAACCCGCUUCAUAGAAACACACCUACGAUACGAACGACGGCCAGCUGCCCGCAGACCCCCGACGAGCAAGCCGAGCUGGACUUCGACGGCGACACCGGGGAGAUAUUCGAGGAACACUCGGGAAAAAAGUCCAUUACACCGAUACGGUUACUGCGGAAAAACCAAUCACUAGAACCCCAAGAACUCCUGCGCGAGUCCAAACAUUCCAGCACACAUUCCAGCGAGUCAGACUCCUCCGAUAAAGACUUGACCGUACCUACACAAACGGUCUAUACGAGAAGCAAUCAACAGGAAGCGGCAAACAUGUCACGAUCUCACAACUUCUUCUCGAGCAUGUCGCAAGAACUGGAGAACGCAAGGAAGAAUUGCGAGUCACUUUUGAACGCGAAGCAGCCGCAUUUGCAUAGCGUGGCGACGACGAUUAAUAACUUCCAGAAGAAGUACGAAGCAUUUAAGCCUCCGGUGCAGAGGGGCGGGUGUGGGCCUGGCGGGGCGGGGGACGGUGCGGUGAGGUUCACGGUGGGCGGGUUGCCGCCGCCGGGCGCCUUCGGCGGCGGGAACCCCUUCCUCAUGUUCCUGUGCCUCACCGUGCUGCUGCAGCACCGCGACUACAUCAUGAGGAACCGCAUGGACUACAACGAGCUCGCCAUGCACUUCGACAAGAUGGUGCGCAAACACAACGUGAACAGGGUACUCAACCAGGCGCGGCAGAUGUACGCUAUGUAUUUGAAGCAGCAGGCACAAAAGACUGGCGAUAUUACUACUUAAUAUUUAAUGUAAGUAAAAUAUGAAAAUCUCUUGAAAUAAUUCUAGAAGUUGCUCAGGAAAUAGUAUUUUCGCCAUACAUAAAAUCAUUUGAGAUAUAAUCACGCUAGGCUAAGUCUAAUCACUAAGUCCUAUUACUCAUCGAAUUCGCGUGACACAAAUAAAUAUAAAGCCAGUUCUGCAUUACCCCGCCAGGCACGGCUUGGAUUCACGCCGAAUGAAUUAAGAAAGUCGAUCGCUUACUAAAGCAUUUGAAGCAACUGAACAAGUAUUUAAUUUCACUCAUUCCAAAGAGUUUAUUUUUAAUAAUAAUAAAAUGUGAUAUUUUUCUUUUUAUUUAUCUAGUCUACUAAUACUUCCUUAUACGUCUUUAUUAUUACAUGAGGAUAAUUUGACAGCUGUAUAUUUUGAAAAGCUUGAAACCAAUGCAAUAUUUAUUCUAUAAGAUCAAACUAUAUUCAAAAUUAAGCAGUUAUAUAAUAUUUUAUAUGUAUUGGCCUAUACAGUUACAUUACUUAAUCUUUUAGAAUAUAAUGUACCUACCUAAUUAAUUAUGCGUAUUUUAGUGUGUAAAUAAAUGAAAUUACUCAAUA